GUGGCCGAUACGAUGAUAGAAACAAUCUAUGUUAUACGACAUGCGUUCCGUUCCAACUGGGCUGUGAAUCCUCGCACGGGGGAAUACACAGCAACCAUUCCAACGCCUACCGGGCUGGCCCACGAUCCUCCAUUGACAGCGAAGGGCGCCGAGCAAUCCAAGGAGCUCUCACUGUGUCUGCGCAAUCUUGAUCCACCAAUCGACAGGGUCUAUUCUAGCCCCUUCUAUCGAUGUCUUCAGACGUUGAAACCCACCACAGAUUAUCUGUUCAAGCAAGGCAAGAUAACUGCCAGAAUCAGGAUAGAUCGAGGCAUAGGCGAGUUUUUCGGCAGAGCACAUUUCCAACACCCGGAACCACCGAACAUUGCAGUUCUGACAUCGCACUUUGAUCAUCUGGAUCGCGAUUAUGAGUCUUUCCACGUGCCCCACCCAAAAGGAGAAUCGAUUGUCGAGUUGCACGAACGAGUGAACAAGGCCAUUGAUCGUAUCGUGUCGGAGCUCGAUGACGACCCGGAACAGCCAAGGACGCUCCUUGUCUGCACCCAUGCUGCUACCAUGAUUGCACUGGGAAGAGUGCUGACUGGCAACAUGCCGUCAGAUCCCGACGAGGAUGACUUCCAAUGCUAUACAGCGUCGCUGUCGCAAUUCGUAAGGCAGAAUAUGGAUCCUGGAAGGGGUGUGGUAGGGAACUGGGAGUGUGUGCUCAAUUCCGGGACCGACUUCCUAUCUGGUGGUGCUGAGAGAGGAUGGAAAUUCAACGGCGAGGAGAGUUUCGUUGCGUUCCCUGAUGCACCAUCCCGAAACAAAGAACCAUUGAAACUAUAG